AUGAGCGAGGACGAGGUGAAGAAGGAGGUGAAGGACGAGACGCACAUUAACAUAAAAGUGCGCGAUAUGGAUAACGCGGAGGUGCACUUCAAGGUUCGCCCGACGACGAAGUUUCAAAAGGUGUUUGACGCGUACUGUCAGCGAAAGGCGCUGGAGCCAAACAUGGUGCGAUUUCUCGUGGACGGCGAGCGGAUUCGAGGGGAUCAGACGCCGGAGGAUCUCGAUUUGGACGACGGAGACGUGAUCGAUGCCAUGAUGGAACAGGUGGGUGGUGCGAACUAG